CGGUAUCCACCAGCAUAACUCAUCAAUCCCAACAAACCGCUCUCCAUCUAGUCUUGACCAUAUCACCCCCUCCUCUUCGCAUCACUUAUCCAUUUAACUAUCAUAUCCAUUAACGGGUGCUCUCCAUUUGUCUCCCCCUUUCGUAUUACCGCUCAGGAUGCCCAAAAAGGAAGACUACUUCACGCCCAAACACCCGUCCUUCGUUGACGAUGACGACUACUUCUCAACCACCGCGCGACAUUUCCACAAGGCACCGACAAAGAUCCCGUUUUUGGAAGUUUCAUUGGAAAACUUAGCCCGGCUUGCCACGCCCGCCACACCAGGAAACUCCACCCACGACGUGCUCACUGUGUGGACCACCAUCACCAAGACGUCGCAGUUCAUCAAGAAUGGCGCGCGUUUAGAAAACAUCAGUUGGCGACUUGUAAACCGCGGCUUGGUCUGCCAGCUGGACAAUAACAAGGCGCGCCAGCAAAAAAACCAGAUCAUCACGCUCCAGGACUUCCGGACGCUUUAUGAGAUCAACAACACUCGCAACGAGAGCUACAGUUCAGGCAAGUCACAAAAGGCGUACGAGCUCCAGCCGUUCAUGAAAGACUUGAAUUACGACUUCAGCAAGCCCAAGACCAAGCAAAAGGGGGAAAACCAUACCCACAUACGGCCCCAGGUGCUGAAGCAGAGGUCCAACUCCAAGGAGCGGUUCUUGCGGGAUGCGAAAACCGAGCUAAAGGGGGAAUCUCGAACGGUGGGCUCGCUCAACAAGUUUAGCACUGGUAAUAUUUCCGGAACCCGUUCCCCGACGCCUCCAGCGACGCAUAUUCGCAACAAUUCCAAGCCCAGGGUUAAGUCGCCGUCGUUGUUUAAUCAAGGUCACUCGCAAAGCGCAACUUCGGUUCAACACCCCCGUCCGUCGUUGUUUAGUAAUGUUUCCGAGCCAACCCGCAAGGAGACAAAUACUCACGAACAAACCAGUAACCAGACUCACGAGCCCACGAAUCCCCGCAAGAAAUCUUCGCAAGUUAGCAUGAGCAAUGGCUAUCAGGAAACCACCAACGAGGUUUCCGGGAGCGACAGCGAAUUCGAUGAGGCAGACAGCAUCUCCGGCGAGGACGAUGCCAACAGCGACUUUGGUCUCACGUCGUCAGAGUCCUCUCUCGGUUCGCUUCCGCGGAGACGCGACCAGCGAGACCACUACGCGGUACUUCACGAUAACCGGACCAAGCCGCAGCUCCGCAACCCGACCCCGCGGAAACUGACGUGGAAGAAGAAGGACCCCCGGGCACAGCCAAAGGCACCGGCUCAGAACGUGGUCCAGCCCAACCAGCACCAGUCGAUGUUUGCGCCACGGAACGUCGACGAGCUCAAUCGCAGUCCUUCGGUGGUACGAGGCUUCCAACCGUCUACCCUAAGCAUCCAUCGGAGUGAGUCUAAAAUUGAUUCUGUAAAGGGACCAAAAGACUCCAGCAAGCAUCUGGGAUCGGUUGAGUUGCCGAGGUCAGUUGACUCGCAGAUAUCGAUCGAUCUGCUGAAAUCGGUUGAUUCGCAUCGAAGGACAAAGUCAGACGCGAAGCACCUGGGACCGAAAUUUGAUUUGGGCAAGCAUCAGGGAUCAAAGACUGGAAGGCACAGUUCCGACACACACAAACACCAGGGAUUGAAGAUUCUCCCGGAGAGCCAUCACUCCACCUCUAGAUUCACGGAGUCUCUAGACACCCCGCCUAGAGGGUCUCCUAAGGGUUUGGGGAAUACCCACGUCAAGAGAGUAACGUUGCUCGACAACUUGGGAAUGACCAGCAUGUCUAAGGAAGAGCUCUCGGAUAGCUCUGAGGAGAGGCCGCAGAAACACGGCAUGUUCUUCCUCGACAGCUCGCCUAGCCCGCCGAUGGGAAACAGCUCGUCACAGCUCGAUGUACUCAGGAAAAACUUGGAUGAACCGAAGGCCGAUUCUUUGUUUGGAUUCAACCGCAAGCCGAUCAAAACCAACAGCAGCGCCACGAUAUCCACUGCAGCGUUUGGGACCGACGGGGAAGAUGAGAUCUACGGAGACGAAGAAGAGGAAGAAGACUCCUUCAGUGACGACUCCGAGUGGUCUUCUUUCUCUGAUGACAGCGAGAAGAGCUUGGACUUUAGUCGCCACAAAAACAGAAAUACGUCUACGACGAAGCUCCAGAAGUCAUUGCUCAGCGGUUUGUUUGACGGACAGCCCCAGGUCUCAUCCCACUCACGAAGCAAGACGGUGAGUCCUUCGUUCCACAGCGACGUCCCAAGAGCCUCUACGUCCACUACGUCGCUUGUCCAUGCCGCUUCAAGACCGCAGGUACAACGGUCAACCACUCUAGCGUACCUCUCGUCGUCCAUGAAGCUCCACGCAAACUCGCACCACCCUCACUCGCCUGACGACAUGACUGCACGCGUCACUCCCUCUGUUUCAACCACAAACAUCAACGCCAUGGCCAGCAUGGACAUGGACAUGCUUUCAACCUCCAGCGAAACCAUUCAGGCUCGGUCUCUGAACAGUGCAAUCUCCACGAUGAACAAUAGCCUCAAGUCGCCCACGUUUACGCAGAGGAUUGGCCGAAGCGCGUUGAAUUUGACCAACUACUUCAGCGCCAUGCGUGGUACUGAGGUACGUGUGCCCACCGCUGCGGGUGCGUUGCUCCGUACCACCGUCUCCACACAUAUGUUUGCGCCGAACCGUCUUCAAAAGCGUCUCGCGGAGGCAGACCACCAGAUGCUGAAUCACGAACUAGAGGCCGAACGGAUACCUGAAAGAGGCCGCUCCGGGAGACCAGGUACCCGCGUUUCUUUCCAUACUGAUAGCGCUAGCAGUGCAGAGAGUGUGGGCAGCGCGAGCAGCAGACACCAGAGCACAAUGCAGGCGUUGUCGCCGCUACUGAAAGCGGAUGACGACAGGGGAAGGUCUCGACUGAGCAAAGUGCAUCUGUCGCGCUUUGUCGACCGCGCAGCGUCGCCCCAGGAGAUUCCGCCCAGCUUCGGCCACGCACUCUCGCCCAAGGCAGUUCGUCGCCAGAUGCUCGCAACCGAGUUGAGCGACAGCUUGCGCAAGAGCUUGUUGACCGACAACAAGCUCGGCAAGAUGCCCGUGGGGAUCAACGGGGCGCCGCUGUUUGGCUCCUCCUGGGAAGAGGAUGAAAUGGACAACUACCAUGCCAAGGGGUGGUGAGCAGAACCAUGGUAUAUGAGUUUGUCAGAAGAAAGAGAGUACUUUAUGGUUUGAUUUAUAAACGAAGCGUCUGAAAUUUUCCGUUGUUGUGAAGGAUGUAGUUCGGUAAUAACUAGUGUUUGAGCUCGGGAUCUUUGGUUAGAAAGGCACUAGGGUCUACGGAUGGUGGAAAUAUAAGUUGGAGAGAGGUAUAGCGCUGGGGCUUAAUACAUACCGCUACAGAAUUAUGGUUACUUCUAUAAUGGGAAAUCGGUACGGUUCAGCCAUAUGUUGCGGCCGUGAAACGUUUGUGGUAUCUUCGGCUAGAUAUUUUUAGCACUGGUUAUAUUUCCAGAAUAUCCAAGUCUGCCGAUUGACCAUUCAUGUGAUGGGUCCAGAGAUUGGAGUUGUGUGUAUAAGUUAUUUGUUGGAUACGAAGUCAUGGUUGGGGAGAGAUUCAUACUUGGCCCAGUAAGCUAAUUGUUUGAUAACCGUUCACAAAAUUU